ACCUAGAGGAUAACAAGAAUUUCAGUCAUAAACCAUUAACCCAUAAUAACAAAUAUUCCUUAGUUAAAUCCACAGGAAAGAGUGUCAACAUAAUGAAUUAUUCAAACUGUAACCUUUUGCUAGUAUUUCAGAUAGUUUUUAUUAGUGCCUCCUUACCAAUUUAUUUUGUUGGUCAAAUAGUGGGUCUUUGGUUUUUUUUCUUCAAUCCUGAAGAGACUAGGAUAUCAGCCACAGUGGAUUCUUCAAGUCAAAUCAAUAAAUUACUUGAUGAAAUGCAGAGUUUUUAUCCAUUGCAAAAAAAAGCAACAUGGAUAAGUUUUCUCGCAGCACUCAAUAGUGUUAUAGAAGAAGAGCCAUCCCAACCAGCAGUUCUUCUUUUUGUUGGCAGAAAUGCAACAGCUUCAAAGCAUACCAUGCAGUGUCUUGCUCUAACUUUGGCUGUCAAUGUCAACAAGCUAUUGCAUAAGACGAGUUUCGCCAAGGCCGACUUCCCAGGAGUGACAGUCAAAGUUGAUGAAAUUGCCGAUGUUCUGCAACAGGACGACACUAUCAAACAAGAACUAGAUGAGCAAAUCUAUUCUGUCCUUAGCCAGUCCUUUUCAGUUGUUCUUGGACCCUUGGAGAAGAUCCCACCACGAGCAGCUUUACUUUUGCACGGCUACUGCGACAACUUCAUGGCUCCUUUCAAGAAACGUGUAGUUAUCUUGACUGCCACGUUUGAUUUUGACAUCUCGCACGAUUCAAAACAGUUGGAACAGAAACUUCACAAUCUCUGGUAUCCCACAUUAGGCGUAGACAAAUCCGCUUCUAUUGUGUCACGGGUGGCCAACAACGUGGUUUUCAUCGAACCAGAAACGACCCUGUACCUGCACGACUGCACAACUCCGCACUGACAUCGGACGUCUACCAUUCGUACGCCGUACUAAACAGCUUACAUUUUAAACUAAAAGAAAAAAUUAAAAUAUUAAACUCAAAUUUGUGAACAACAGCGUCUAUGAACUGAUAAUUCUUGUUCAAUAGCCUUGCAGUAUAAUAUUAUUAACAAAAUUAAAACGUGGUUUAACCUGG